ACAAUUAUUAAUAAAAAAUUAAAUUUUUCACCUUUUCUUCGAGUAAUUAAUCUGAUUAAUAUAGUAAUAAUAAAUCAUAUUCAAAUUUUUUGUUGCAAUAAUCAUUGAUAGUUCCAUCAUAACGAAGGACUCUUGAUGAACAAUCAAGUGGUACAUCACAACAAGAAAAAAUGACUCGAUUUGAAUGUUUUGGUGGAGUUGAAGAAUCAUCAUCACAAACAAUUGUUUUAAAAAAGAAUCAUCAUAACAAAACAGUUUUAAAACGUCAUUCAGACUACAAUACUGUUAUCAAAACCAUGUUAGACAUCCAGCUGCGAUCACGUUAAUCAAUACGUUGUUACUUACUCCAUAUUUCCAUAAUAAUAAAAAAUCAAAGGAUCAAUUGAGAAUUUACUUAAAAUGAGGCCAAAAAAAAUAUGUGUUGAGAAGGAUCAACAAAUUUCUGAUGAUGUUGACAAGAAUAGAAAAAAAGUUGUCAUCAAUUCACUGGAUUACGAGUUAUUAGCAAAAAUCAUCAUGUUGUUGCCAGUACCAGAAAGGAUAGAAAUGGAAAAAGUUUGUACCAAAUGGAAAGAGGCAUGUCAACUAGCUUGGUAUGAUAUUAAAAAAUACAAAUGUGAACCAUCAAUUGGACGUUCUUAUGACAACGGUUUGUUGACACAAUCAUACCUCAAGGAAAUAUUAUUAAGAUGUGGUGUUUAUCUAAAAGAAUUGUCUCUCUCAAAUGUUUGCAAUUCAAAGAUAAUGCCAUUUAUUGGUGAUCACUGUAAAAAUUUAACAACCUUGGAAUGUAAAUUUUAUGAUAAUUCCUUUAUUGAUCGUGCUUAUCACUUUGUUCAAGCAUUUAGACAGUUGGAUAAAUUAAAAUGCAUCAAAAUAAGAGUGGAUCACAACUACUCGAAUGAGACAAUUAAUCUCUCUCAAAUAAUUAAUAGUCUUCCAGAAGAAAUUAAUGAAAUUCAUUUAAUUUCUGAACCUCGGUUAAAUCAAAAACAAAAUAUUUCUAUGAGUGUUAAAAAAUUUAAAAAUCUUCAAAAAUUGACAGUACAUAGCUUCAAUUUAGACAACAUAAUUCUUCAAGAAAUAUCAGACAUAACAACACUUGUUUAUCUCAGCCUUCAACCAUGUGAUAUAAACCACGAGUUUCCUCUAUUUAAUAAACUCAUUAAUUUGGAAUACAUCGAUUUAACGAUGGUUGCAAGGAAGGAAGCGAAUAAACUCUCUACAAAAAUACUCAAUACUAUUUGUUGUACAUGCAAAAAUCUAAAACAUCUUGAUAUGCCACCUGGUCCUUAUGAUCUAGUUAAAAUUCCUCUUGAAAAAUGGAUAAACUUUCAACACUUGGAAUAUCUUGGUAUUUCUUGUGACAUAAUGCCUGACUUGGCAAAUACAAUUGUUGAAUAUUGCAAGAAUUUAAAACAUUUAAAAUUACAUAAUCCUGAUGACUUAAUGAAUGAAACUGCUUUAAAGAAGCUAACAGAGCUGGAAAAUCUUGAAAGUUUAAUAUUGCUUCCUUGCAUGAGCCUCAUUGAAGAAUCAAUAAUUACAAUUUCAAACAAUUUUAAAAAACUUAAACGUUUAGAAUUUAUCGAUUGCAAGAUAGUAUCAUCUGUUAGUGGUCGGCAACUUUUUUAUACACCUGUUUUUAAUGAGUUAUCAAAAUUGCAAUAUCUUGAACAUCUAAAUUUAAGUGGGACAAAUAAUUUCAAAGAUAGUACAAUUAUUUCUAUUGCUUAUAAUUGUAAAAACCUAAAAAGUUUAAAAAUCUAUGGUGCCGGAAAUAAUAUUACUGAAACAGUUCUCAUUGCUUUAACAAGCUUGGAAAAUUUACAAUUCGAUUACUCCUUGGCAUAGAUAAUAUUACAAAUGGUAUCAUUUUACACAUAAAUUCAGGAUAUCCGUCGUAUUUUACAUCAAUAAAUAAAUCUCAAUUGUUAAAUGUUGGAUAUCGUAUAAUUUAAUCUCAAAUGACAUUAUGAAAACAUGGUACAAGAACAUUAUUUUUAUAACUAGUUUUUUAUAUGACUUGGAAUCAUCUAAAAUUUGAAUGUCAAUAUGUUAAUAAUUUUGUGAAACUAAGUUAAAAAAUGAAUAUACUUUUUUAAAUAAUUUUUCGAAUCAGACAAUUAUUUUUACAUUUAAUCGUACAUAUGACAUUACAGCUUUGAUGAUUUUAAAAUGGCUUAAAAAAUCAUUUUAUAUUUUUUUGAUAAAUAUGUCAGUUAUUGUAGAUACUUAUAAGUUUGUAUAGGUAAAGUAAAUUCAUGAACAUGACAAUUAUCUUGUUGAGUAUCUUAAUUAAAAUAAUGGAAAAAUAAAUACAAGAAGAUUGAAUUGAACAAAUAAAGUAAUUAGUCAAGUUAUUUGAUGUAGUUUGAUGAUACACUGGGUUUAACUUUUAACAGCUGACAAUGAAUUACAGCAAAAUUUAUUUAUUUGGUAUUAAUUAUAACAUUCAAAAUUUUAUGUGUGUUAUGUAUAGUAAUAAUAAAUAAUUUUCAAAUUUUU